UGUGUGUGUGUGUGCUUUCCAUAAUUGAAUACAAGUGCAACAUUAUUUUUGCAAACUGAAGAGCUCAUAACUCAUGGGAAUGUAUGAUAAUGUAUUUUUUAAGCUUACGUUAUAUUACUCUCUUAUAUGGUAGUUUUAUAAUAUGUUCGCAUUUGUAAUAAUUUAGAUCUAAUUAAUUUUUAAAAUUUUGUUCAUGGAGAUAACGUUGACGAUGUGUCAUUAGUGGAAGAUUGCUGCCAUCUACUGGAAAUCAAACAUUUAAAAUUAAAAUAACAUGAAAUUUCAAGAACAGCCACUAGAUGCCUGCUGAGCAUCGCUCACUGGCUCAUUUGCCAUUUCCCAGAAGGUAUUUUUUAUAGUUUGUGUUUAGACAUUAUCAGGGCUUAUUAACACCAGCCAAAUGCGGGCACAUUUCAGCUUUGGCAGGUAAGACAGCCACUCCCACUAGCCGCUUCGGUGGGUUGAAUUUAAUUUCAGCUUACAGCCAAAUAAAAUGCCAAGACCGUCUUAUCACAAAAUUACAAUUCAAUUACAAUUCUUUAUCGAUUAACUUGCUGUUAGUAAAGGUGGGAUUGGCGGAAUUGACACACAACAGAAGCUCUCUCUCUCUCUCUCUCUCUGUCAUGCCUGAGCAGUUAUCCUUGUGCCUGAAUAGUCAAAUACACACAGACACAGAUGUCAAAAUGCCCAUCAUGUGGAGUAUCGCGUGUGAAUACAGACGGUUAUGAUGUGUAAGUGUAUGUAAACAGCAAAAUUGUGGCCAGUGAAAAUGCUGAGUGGCUAGUAACUUUGGAAAACCACUAGCCACAGUGGCUGUUCAGUUGAUCAGAAGAGAUCAGAACCAGAGUCCAGCUGUGUGUCCAUGAGGAGUGACGAGUCUAUGGGUCCGCCACUAAAUUUCAAGUCAGUCCUGCCACCCAGAUCAGCCGUAACAAAACCCAUCUGUAAGAAGAAUGACCAGUCUAUGAAUCAACUACAGGACUUUAAUGAAAGCAGGAAUCCAUGUAUCAGCCAUGAAGUCCUCAACAGGUUUAGAUCAAAUCUGUUGAAGAAGUUUGAGUGUCUGUAUGAGGGAACAGCACAGCAGGGAAACCCAACACUCCUGAAUGAGAUCUACAUAGAGCUCUACAUCACAGAGAGUGAGAGUGGAGAGAUCAGUAAUGAGCAUGAGGUGAGACAGAUUGAGACACAAUCCAGGAGAGCAGCAACAGAGGACACACCGAUCCAAUGCAAUGACAUCUUUAGACCUUUACCUGGACAAGACAAACCCAUCAGAACUGUGCUGACAAAGGGAGUCGCUGGCAUUGGAAAAACAGUCUCUGUGCAGAAGUUCAUCCUGGACUGGGCUGAAGGGAAAGAGAAUCAGGACGUCCAGCUCAUAUUUCCACUUCCUUUCAGAGAGAUCAAUUUGAUGAAGGACAAAAUACUCAGUCUUUCAGAUCUUCUUCAUGUCUUUUUCCCUGAAACAAAAGAAAUGGAAAUAUCCAGUGACAAAUAUAAAGUGUUGUUCAUCUUUGAUGGUCUGGACGAGUGUCGCCUCUCUCUGGAUUUUCAGAGCGAUGUGAGGUUGUGUGAUGUAAAUGAAUCAGCCUCAGUGGAUGUGUGCUACUGACGAACCUCAUUGCGAGGAAUUUGCUUCCCUCUGCUCUCAUCUGGAUCACCUCCAGACCAGCAGCAGCUGAUCUCAUCCCUUCUGAGUAUGUCCAUCGAGUGACAGAGGUACGAGGCUUCAAUGAGCCACAGAAGGAGGAAUACUUCAGGAAGAGAAUCAGUGAUCAGAGUCUGGCCAAUACAAUCAUCUCACACCUGAAGUCAUCAAGGAGCCUCAACAUCAUGUGCCACAUCCCAGUGUUCUGCUGGAUCACAGCUGCUGUUCUAGAGAAGAUGUUGAGCAAAGCAGAAAGUGGAGAGAUUCCCAAGACUCUCACUCAAAUGUACACACACUUCCUGAUCCUUCAGACCGACAUCAAACAUGAGAAGGACUAUGAGAAGAACGUGACAGAUGAAGACAUGAUCCUCAAACUGGGGAAAGUGGCUUUUCAGCAGCUUGUGAAAGGCAACGUGAUCUUCUAUGAGGAAGACCUGAGAGAGUGUGGCAUUGAUGUGACAGAAGCAUCAGUGUACUCAGGAUUGUGCACUCAGAUCUUCAGAGAGGAGUUUGGCUGGUAUCAGGGGAAAGUCUUCUGCUUUGUUCAUCUGAGUGUUCAGGAACAUCUAGCAGCUCUAUAUAUACACCUCUCCUGUACAAACAACAACAUAAAUGUGUUUGACAAGAUCAUCAAACAGAGUUUGUGGUCUAAAUUUAAGGACUUGCUUCAACUCAAUUUCAUUUCAUUAUCUGAGCUGCAUCAGAGAGCUGUGAAUGAGGCUCUACAGAGUAAAAAAGGGCAUCUGGACCUUUUCCUGCGGUUUCUUCUGGGUCUGUCAGUGGAGUCUUAUCAGAUUCUCCUACAAGGACUAAUGAAACAGAAAAGAAGCAGAUCUGACAGCAAUGAGACAACAGUUAAGUACAUCAAGAUGAAGAUCAGCACCAUUGACUCUCCAGAGAAAUCCAUCAACCUGUUCCACUGUCUGAAUGAACUGGGUGACCAUUCACUCGUGGAGGAAAUACAACAGUAUCUGAAAUCUGGAAGAAUAAAGCAAGCCAAACUUUCUUCAUCUCAGUGGUCAGCUGUAGCUUUUGUGUUGCUGACAUCAGAGAAAAAGCUGGAUGAGUUUGAUAUUAAUACAUUUGUUGGAGAAAACAAUAAAUCUGAAAAAUCUGAAAAACUCAUA